AUGAAAAGUUUUAUAUAUCAAGAUGUACCAUUGUUAAAUAAGAUAUUUAUGUAUAAAUAUAGAAUAAUGAAUAAAUUUAUAAUAAUAUAUCUCAAAAAUAAUGUAAUUACAAAUUUUUGUAGAUUUUUUUUGGGUAUUAUUACUAUAUUAAGAUUUAUAAUAUAUACUGAGUGUUAUAAAGAUAACUUUGGAAAAUCUUCAUAUUACCCUGAAACAUUAGGAAAUAAUGGUUUAAUACCACAAUAUCAACAAGAAUCUAUUAAUCCAUUUGAUCCAAGGACAUUUAUUCAAUCUCCAGUAUUAGUACCUACUAUUAUACCUAAGACAGAAACAGCAAAAAGACUUGCAGAACAAUUAUUUCAAAUACAAAUAGGUGGGAUUCCAUCAAAUAAUUUAGAAAUAAAUUCUGCAACAAAAUUAGGACUUAGUGAAUUGAGUAAUUCAAUAGUUACAGAUAUGAAGGAUAUUCCAAAAGCAUUUAAAGUAGAUAGUAUUAAUAUUACAAAAAAGAAAGAUAAAAAGAAUAAGAAAUAUAAGAAGAAAAAGAAAUCAUCAGAAAGGAUAUAUAAAGUUCCAGAAAAUAGAUUAGAAGAAUAUUUUUUACCUUUUAAUGUAUCUACAUUAAAAGAUAUUAAAAAACUUGGUGAGGCAACAUAUACGCCUAUACCAAUUAGAGAUUAUUCAGAGGAAUUAUGGGGAGAUGUUAAUUAUAAAAAUUUGGAAAGUUUGAAUAUAAAAUUAUUAGAACCAAGUAGAAAUGGAAUAAAUACAUUUAGAACAUCAGCAGAAUGUUUAAAUCUUUAUGAAGAUGCAUAUCAGGAUAAAAAAAAGAUUAAUCAAUUUAUUGGAUCACCAGAAAUUCUUGUAACACUUGCUAGACAGGCUGCAAUGCAACUUAGAACAACAUUAGGGGUUGAUGAUAUAUUUCUUUUAACUGAAGAUGUUUGUCUUGGAUUAAGAAUGAUUUUAUAUUUAUCUCAUCCAUUAAGAACUAAAGAAAAUUGUUGUAAUUCAUUAAUCGCAGCAACAAGAUAUGAAGAUUAUAUUGAACAAAUAGAUAAAUUGACACCAUCUGAUUUUUUAGAUUCAAAAUUUGGUGAUUUUAUGUAUAUAUGUGGUGAAGUAUUUAAAUUUCCAAAUCCAUCUAUAAGUAAUAGUGGAGUUACAAUAAUAUCUUCAAAAGAUUUAUUUAAUAUGUUUAAUCUUCUUAGUGCUCCAGAUGAUCUUAGGUAUUAUAAUAGACUUCCAUUACCACAUAAAAAAGCAGCACUAAAAGUUCAAUCUAGUUAUUUAAAACAUACUCAAAAGACAAUAAUGUUUGAUUCUGCUGCUGCUGCAAUAUUUUUACUUAAUGAGAUUCAUCCAACUGAUCAUUCUUUAAUGCAAUGUACAGAAAUUCUGAAUGCGUGUCUUAUAAUUCAAAAUAUUGAAGCAAAACCACAGAUUGAUGAAGAUAUUGCAAAAAGAAUUUGUGAAGAUAUUGGCAUAAAGGAUAAUAAUCAAAUUUAUCCAAGAUAUUCAACAAAUGUUUUAUUAUUAGCUCUUAAACGUGCUACUCAUUUAACUAAAGAUAUUGAUGGAGGAUUUUUAGUAUCUACAAAAUUAUCAAGGGAUUCACUUGUUUCAUAUUCUUCAAAAGGAAUACCAGAAAGAGCAUCUGAGGUAAUAAUUUGGUCACAAAUUGGAAAAGUUUUGUCAGAUGGGACAAUAUUGAGUACUUCAAUACCUAUAUGUACAGGUUUAAUGGCAAUAGAAUUAAAUAGAGCAUUAUCAUUAUAUCCCAAUAUUUCUCAAUUUCUAAAAAUAUCAGGUUUAAGUAGAAUAAAAUUAACAGUUGAGGAUAUAUGUAAUAUAGCUAAAGUUGCAAAAUUUUAUAAAAUAGAAUUACAAAACCUUAUACGGCAAAAGAAGAGUAGUGAGUAUGGAUUAAAUGAUAUUUUCCCUUUGGCAAUAUCAAGAAUUUUGAGGAAUUUAAAUUUAGAAGUAUUUUCCUUUUCUGUAUGCAAAAAUAUAUAUAAAGAAUUUUUUGAAGAAGAAGAUAUUAUUUUAAGGAGUGUAAAAGGAUUAACAAAAGAUUUGAGACUUUCCAGUUUUUAUAGUAAACCACCAUUUGAUUAUCCUAAUGGAUUUCCAUUAUCUCAUUGGAAGGUUAAAAAAUAUUCAUUAUCAGAUACAAAUGGAGGAAGUUGGAAGAGUUUAAUUGAUCCAGAUUGUUCUACAUUACCACAUUAUCUCAGAAAUAGAGUAAUUCUUUUUGUUGCAUAUUUAUUAUCAUUUUGGAAAUUUAAAAUGAAUACAGGUACUGAGCAACCAAUAGAUGAUAUAAAAGAUGUUUGUAUUGCUUUUAUUAAUUCUAUUUCAAAUAGUUCCCCUUUAUAUAAAGAAUUAGGUAAACAGUUGCAAGUAUCUUGGUUAAAAGAAGUUUAUCCAGAUGGAACUUCAGAGAACUAUCUUGAAUAUAUUUGGAAGAAUUUUGUAAGAUAUGAACAAUCUAUUUUUCCAAUGGGUGAAGAAUCUGAAGAUGAAUAUAUUCAGCGAAUAUAUCAUAAUUCUUUAAUUCCAGAACCCCUUUAUAAAGAAGAUUGGUUAAAUAUAGAAUUACCAACUCAAUUUGACUUGCCAGAUCUUUUGGAAAGAAUGAAAUUUCAGGUAAUCCCAGUAUCAAUAUUAAGUACAUUAGAUAAAAUUGAACAAAAUAGAAUACAACUUAUAAGAGCAUUUUUAGAAUUAUUUUUUGAAAAUACAUACUUAUUUCCUAUUACAAUAUCUAGUGAAGAGAUAUAUGAAGUUUUGAGUGCACAUUCAAUUCAAAGUGAAGAUACUUUAGAUGUAAUUUUUUAUGAUGUCUUAAGUAAAAAUUUAGAUAGAAAUUGGCUAAAUAUGCCAGUAAUGACUCAUGCAAUCUAUAAAUUGUUGGAAUAUUUAAAAUAUCUUAAACAGGAUGUAUCAAAUCAAAUAGGUAGAGAGGCUACUGAUAAUGAUAUUUUUUCAUCUUCUAGAGCAAUAUUUAUACAUGGUUGUUGGUUAAUAAAAUCACCACAACCAUCUUUUUCAAAGGCUACAGUGCUUCAAAUGAGACAACUUAAGGGAUAUCCUAAAUAUAUACUUAAUAAAGCUCGAUAUAUUCAAGUUUAUUUUCUGAAGGCAUUUGAAAGGAUAUUACAACAUGAACUAAAUUUAAGUAUUGCCGAUGUAAUUAAAGCAUUAAUUAGUAAUCCAGAAGAUAAUGAGUUUGUAAAAACUUUAACACAUUUGCUAAGGAAUGAUCCAGAACAAGAUUUUAUUUAUGAAGAUAUUAUUGAAGAAAUAUACAAAGUAUGUAAAACAUUUAGUUAUUAUCACUAUAAUAUGCGUGGUGCACUUUCAGAUGAGCAGGCAUUUGCUGCAUCAAGAGUUAUUUAUAAACCUAAAAUAGGUUGGGUAUUUCUACCUCCGAAUGUUCCUGAUUUCACUAAGCUCAUACCAAUAAGUCAAAUAUUUAGUUCACAUAAAGAAUCAGAUGAUUCAAAUAAUAUAGUAGAAGCAUAUACAUGGGGGUCACUAUUAAACUAUUUGAAGAAUGAAUCCAUGGAUAUUUGGCGAGUAAAUCGUUCUAUUUCAAUGUGUACAUUUUUUAAUUAUUGGAUUGAGCACUUUUAUCCAAAUAAGAAAAGUGUACCACUUCUUCCUAAGCAAUGUAUUUUAGCUACUAUAGAGAUUCUUAAGAAAAAUAAAAAGACUACUUCUAAUGUAAUUGAGGUAUUUUCUUUGAAACUUGCAAAAAACUGGCUAACAAAUUUAGAAAUAAAAAAUAUGCUUUCUGCUUUUGAAUCUUAUGAAUUAGAACAAAAACCUUUAAAUAUGAAUAAGAAACAAUGGCUUAUUAAUUUAUACAGGAUACCACAAAUCGAAGAACCCAAAGAUACAUCUGAAACAAAUCUAAAAUUACCUAAUCCUCCGAAAUUCGGGGUUUUGGGUAAAUUAACUGAAGAUUUUGGUAUUGUUUCAAAAGUUGAAGUAAAAAUCUCAAUUCCUGGUAGUCUUUAUGAUCAAGAAAUAGAAAAUUUAUCAGGUUUUCUGGAAUCUUUCUCUAAACAUUAUUUACAAAGAUUUGAUCCAGUUCUUAUAACUCAGUUAGAUAAUAUCAAUUUCAAAUUAAUUAUAGAAGAUAAUAUUAAGCGAGGAGUUAACUUAAGUGAAAGCAUAUUUGAUAAUAUUCCAAAAGGUCAUUUUUCUAAAGCUAUUUGUAAUAAAAUAGCAACUGGUUUCUUUGAUUAUAUAAAUAUUAAUUUUGCUUAUAGUAAUGAAGAGACAAUAAUACAAUUAUUUAAAAGAUUUUCGUCACAAAGAGUGAUUACAGAUGAAGGAUACUUACCAUUUGAUAUACCACUUGGGAUAGUUUCUGGAACCUUGGAAGAUAAAUCUCCAUAUAACUCAUUAAGCUUUGAAGUAGUAAAUUUUGCUAGAUUAUUAAUUGCCUAUUUCAAUGAUGAUGCAAUAGACAAAAAUCUCGAUGUAUUAAAAGAAAAAUGUGUUGGAGCUGCUCUUAAAUUAAUGAAUUCUGGAGGGAUCACAUUAGAAACUGCUUUAAAACAAUCUUGUUCUCCCUUGUACAUUUGGUUAACUCCUCAAAUGUUGUCAAUGUUAAUAACUGGAUUCUUAACAUUCUGUGAAAUAAAAUUUGUUUCUUUUCCACAGAAUCAAAUUGAUGGAAGAAGUUUACUAGAUUAUAUUAAUAAAUCAUUUAGAUUCCCCAUUGCAUCAUUCAAUAAGAGUUUAAACACAUGGAUCCUACCUAGUCAAAUUAUUAAUAGUUCUGAAAAAAUAAAUAUAGAAGAUAAAAUGAAAUAUUCAAUUAUGAAAACAAUUGGUGAUAUUGAAGCAGAAACUAAUACAGUGAUAUCUUUCAGUUUUAGUGCUUGUGAUGGUUUAACUGUAUCUCAACUCAAUAGACUUCUUGCUAUGGCCCAUUAUUUCAGAAUUUGCACAUCUGAUUUAGCUGAUGAAACACUUAUUUUUGAUAUGAACAUAUGGUGUUAUGUAGGUCGUCAGAUGAAACUUCAUCAAAUACAUACACUUUCAUCAAUAUUGACUCAUUACUUAAAUUUGGAAAAUUUAAAUAUAAUAAAUACUAAGGUUCUUUUAAAAUCAUUUUUUCACUUGGAAAAAUUAUGGUUAGAUGUUUCUUCAUUAGAAAGUCCAACACAGGCUAUGCAUAAUUUCUAUUCAUCACAUUUCCUAUCUAUUGGAAAAAUUAAUGAAGCUAAACAUAAAAAUACUCUUUUUUGUCCAACACUUAUUACUGAUAAAGAUAUCUCAGAAUUAAAACAAUUACACCAAAGUAGAGAAUUAGUUCAUCGUGGUAUUGCACUUUGUGCAUUUAUUGAGGGAUAUUUAGUAGAAGUUUAUGGGGUAGUUAGUUCAGUAGAGAAAUUUAUUAUUCACAAUGCCUUAGAUAAUAUGCAUCCAAUAUCAGAAACUGAUACUAAAAUUGUCGAUGCGAUAAAAUCAGUAGUUCCUGGGAUAUCUCCACUUGUUAUUGCAGAUAUUAUCUCUGCAUUCCAGGAAUUUGAGAAUAGAUCAGCAACUAAUAUAAAACAGCUAGAAGAAUAUUAUAAAAAUAAGAAUUGUGAAUUUAAAUCUGGUGUAUGGGACUGGAAAUAUUCACCUCAGUAUCCUCAUAGAAAAGUAGAUCCUACAAGUACUUUUGUCACAUUUUCUGGUGCAGAAAUUAACAGAAUGAUAACAUUUUUGGCAUUUUUCAAUGAGUCAUUACUUGGGAAUUUUGAGAAUAAGCUCCUAGGAAUGUCAGUAUCUUUACAAGAGGUAGCAACUCUAUUUAAAAUUAUGGAUCGAAUGGCUAAAAAUUCAGAUCUCCAGAUAAUUUUCUAUGAAAUUUUGAAUGAUACAAAUAAAUUUAAACCAUGGCUAAAAUAUGGAAUAGUUGCAACAAUUAUCAAAAAUUUUCUAAAAUGGGAGAGAUCUAAUAUUGAUCAUAUUUCCACUGAUAUGAGUACAAUAAAACUCCCAAAAGAAGUAGUAGAAAGUAAAUAUGCAAUAGCUGGUGUUGCAAGAAACAACGGAAAAUGGCUCUGGUUAUCCUGGUUGAAACAUUAUGAUUUCAAUAGUAAAUUAGGACAAAUAGCUCCUGCAGUGGAAUUUGCAGAAAUUCAGGAAAACCGUGAUGAAAUAGCUACAUUAUUUGCACAAUAUUUCUUCCAGGAAGUAGGUUCCAUUAUUAUUCCAUUCAGUACUAAAAAAAUCAAACAAAUACUAAGUAUUAAAAUGGAAAAGCAAGAAUUUAUCUUGUAUCAAUUGUUUAUAAAAUCAUGGAGAUUAUAUGAAAGGGAUAUAAUUUUGCUUUGUGAAGAUAAAGUUAACGAAAUUUAUGAAUCUAAAUAUGUUUUUAAUAGUAAUGGCCUUCGCCGGUUUAUUUCACAUUUACCUUAUUUUGGAAAUAUGGAAUAUCAAUAUAAAGAUAGAGAACUUGCUAAGGAAAUUGCCAAAGAUAUGUAUGGAGUGUUUAUUUACAAUAAAUCAGUUAUACAUCGAAUUGAAGCCUUGGAUAUAUUUAUUGGUAUUGGAAUAAAUAAGAUCUUUAAAAAACAAGGGCUCGAACACAGUUUAAAUAGAAUCAAACUAGCUGAAGUAUUUAAAAAUAAACUGCAUAUUACUCUUGAUGAGUUAGAUGAUCAAGUUAUUCAAUCGAUAAGUGAAGAAUUAUAUGAUGGUAAUGAAUAUGAAGCACUAAAAAGACUUAUUCAGGCUUUCACUAAAUUUGAAAGUGAUAUGAUUAAUAAUGGUAUAUCCCUUGAACUCUUAUAUAAAAAAUCUAUAGUUCUUCCUAUAAAAGAUCAAUUCCAAUUUCUUCAUAAUCUUGGUCGCUAUAUGUCAGAAGUAAAAUAA